CUCCGCGGUGCGACAGCCGCGGGAGCGGCGGGGCCGGGCGGCGUGCCCUGCUCAAAGAUGGCCGCCGGCGGCUUCGGCGUGCGCGGAGGUGGGAGGUGAGGGGCGGCCGGGCCGCGCUGCGGGAAGAUGGCAGAGAGCGAGCGGCGGACAGGCACCUCUGAGGAGGUGGCUCCUCCUGUCCAGCAGUGCUUCAUGGUCCCCAAAAAGGAGAUAAAUGUGGUUUCUGACAUGGCCAAGUGGAAGCGAUCUCAGGCAUAUGCAGACUACAUGGGCUUCAUCCUCACUCUGAAUGAAGGUGUCAGGGGCAAGAAGCUGACCUGUGAAUACAAAGUUUCAGAGCCCAUUGAAAAGCUGGUGGCUCUGCUGAACACCCUCGACAGAUGGAUCGAUGAAACCCCGCCGGUGGAUCAACCUUCUCGCUUUGGGAACAAAGCCUUCAGGACCUGGUAUGCCAAACUAGACCAGGAGGCAGAAAAGUUGGUGUCAGCAGUGAUUCCCAAGCAUUUGGCUGAUGCUGCCCCAGAAGUGGCUGUGUACCUGAAGGAAUCCGUGGGGAACUCCACCCGCAUUGACUAUGGCACAGGGCACGAAGCUGCAUUUGCAGCCUUUCUCUGCUGCCUCUGCAAAAUCGGUGUGCUCAGAGUGGAUGACCAGAUGGCCAUUGUCUUCAAAGUGUUUAACAGGUACCUGGAAGUGAUGCGAAAACUGCAGAAAACCUACAGGAUGGAACCUGCUGGCAGCCAGGGCGUGUGGGGCUUGGAUGACUUCCAAUUCCUGCCUUUCAUAUGGGGCAGUUCCCAGCUGAUAGACCAUCCAAGUCUGGAGCCUCGGCACUUUGUUGAUGAGAAGGUGGUGAAUGAAAACCAUAAGGAUUUCAUGUUCCUGGAGUGUAUCCUCUUCAUUACAGAGAUGAAGACAGGCCCCUUUGCCGAGCACUCCAACCAGCUCUGGAACAUCAGCGCCGUGCCCUCCUGGUCCAAGGUCAACCAGGGCCUCAUCCGCAUGUACAAGGCAGAGUGCCUGGAGAAGUUUCCUGUGAUCCAGCACUUUAAGUUCGGCAGCCUGCUCCCCAUCCAGCCUGUGACAUCUUAAGGAGAGCGCGGGAGGAGCCGAGGCAGCGGAGGCACAGCACGGCGCUCUUCCUCCUCCCCGCACCCCUCCUCACCACCCAGCCCAUCCAUUCCUGCACAUCCUCAUCGGCAACCACAGAUCCAAAGCACUCGCUGGCCUGGCACGGGAGAUGGGACCUGGAGCAGCUCGUCCUGCACGUCCCCACCCUGGGGACAUCUGGCCAGCGGCCGAG